CGAGCGUGAGAGUGCUGCGAGGGGCUGCCCUUGAGCCCUCACCCUGAGCCUUUUUUCUGGGUCGGCCGGUCGCACGGUGCUUUGCGGCUGCCGUUAAGCGCGGCGGAGGCCGGCCGGGCCGAGGGCGCCAUGGCGGCGGGCCUGCUGCCUAGCCCCUGGGCGUUCCUGGCGCCCCUAUUCUUGGGGCUCCCGCUGCUAAACGUUGGGCCUGGCCAAGUGCGGGCUCUGCACAACGUCACCGCGGAGCUAUUUGGGGCCGAGGCUUGGGGCACCCUGGCGGCCUUCGGGGACCUCAACUCCGACAAACAGACGGACCUCUUCGUACUUCGGGAAAGAAAUGACUUAAUCGUCUUUUUGGCAGAUCAGAGUGCACCCUAUUUUAAACCCAAGGUAAAGGUAUCCUUGAAGAGUCUCAGUGUACUGGUAACAAGUGUAGUCCCUGGUGAUUAUGAUGGGGACUCACAAAUGGAUGUCCUGCUCACAUAUUUUCCCCAAAAUCAUACCAACAAUGAGUUAGGAGCUGUUAUUUUCUGGGGACAAAAUCAAACAUUAGAUCCUAAAAACAUGACCAUACUCAAUAGGACUUUUCAAGACCAACCACUAGUUAUGGACUUCAAUGGUGAUUUAAUUCCUGAUGUAUUCGGUAUCACAAAUGAAUCCAGCCAGCCGCAGAUACUAUUAGGAGGAAACUUGUCAUGGCAUCCGGCCUUGCCCACUAAAAGUAAAAUGCGGAAUCCACAUUCACAUGCAUUUAUUGAUCUGACUGAAGAUUUCACUGCCGAUUUAUUCCUCACGACAUUGUCUGCCUCUAAUACUUUCCAGUUUGAGAUAUGGGAAAAUUUGGGUGGAAACUUCUCUAUCAGUAGUGUCUUUGAAAAUCCUAAAAACCUGGUGGUGGUCGGACAGUCAGCGUUUGCAGACUUUGAUGGAGAUGGGCACAUGGAUCACUUGCUGCCAGGCUGUGAAGAUAAAGACUGUCAGAAAAGUGCCAUAUAUUUAAUGAGAUCUGGAACAGGGCAGUGGGUCCCUGUGCUGCAGGAUUUCAGCAGCAAGGGGACACUGUGGGGCUUUGUGCCCUUUGUGCAUGAAGAACAGCCAACUGCGAUUCCAAUUCCACUCACCCUUCAUGUUGGAGACUACAACAUGGACGGAUACCCAGAUGCUCUUGCCAUAUUAAAGAAUACAUCAGGAAGCAAUCAGCAAGCCUUUUUACUGGAGAAUGUCCCGUGCAAUAACGUGAGCUGUGAGGAAGUCCAUCGGAUGUUUAAAGUCUACUGGGACCUAACAGGCCUAAAUCUAAUCAAAGAUGCCAUGGUUGCCACCUUUUUUGAUAUUUAUGAAGAUGGCAUCUUGGACAUUAUAGUGCUCAGUAAAGGGCACACCAAGAAUGAUGCUGCCAUCCAUACUCUGAGAAAUAACUUUGAAGCAGAUGCUUAUUUUGUUAAAGUCAUUGUUCUUAGUGGUCUAUGUUCUAAUGACUGUCCUCGCAAGAUAACACCCUUCGGAGUGAAUCAGCCUGGACCUUAUAUCAUGUACACAACAGUAGAUGCAAAUGGAUACCUGAAAAAUGGCUCAGCUGGACAGCUCAGCCAGUCAGCACACUUAGCUCUUCAGCUACCUUACAAUGUACUCGGAUUAGGCCGAAGUGCCAAUUUCCUGGACCAUCUUUUUGUUGGUAUUCCCCGUCCAUCUGGAGAGAAGUCUAUAAGAAAACAAGAGUGGACAGCCAUCAUCCCAAACUCCCAGCUGAUCGUCAUUCCGUACCCUCACGAUGUCCCUCGGAGCUGGAGUGCCAAAUUGUAUCUUACACCAAGUAACAUCGUCCUCCUGACUGCGGUAGCACUCAUUGGGGUCUGCAUUUUCAUCUUGGCAAUAAUUGCCAUUUUACAUUGGCAGGAAAAGAAAGCAGACGACAGAGAAAAACGACAAGAAGCGCACCGGUUUCAUUUUGAUGCCAUGUGACUUCGCUUUAAGUAGUACAGAUUGGAACUCACUUGAUUAGUGAAACACUAAAUUUUGACUUCUGGUAAAAAAAAAUAAUAAUAAUAAUGGAUGUGAGAUAUUUAUAAAUUAUGCCUUCCUUGUCAGUUAUUGGAAAAUACUAAAAUAAAUAUUGCCUGAAUAUCUCAUAAGGUCUUUUCUACGCACUUUGUAUGUAAUAGUUUAGGUUCUUUAUUCAGCAGUACUGGACAUUUUUGUUCCUUUGUGGAAUGUGUUGCAUGUACUCUGGUGUAUUUGUAGAUAUAAUUUUAUUAGAAUAAUGAUGGUGGAAAGAUAUACAAAUAAAAA